AUGUUUUUCCGUGACAGUUUUUCAUCCAUAAUACAUGAAAACGAUGCUCUAGCAAAUGUCCAAAAAUUCCAUUACCUACAGCUCUCCUUGAAAGGGGAGGCUGCAGAAACAAUCAGCUCGUUGCAAAUAGGUGAUGUAAAUUAUGAAGUAGCAUGGUCGCUUAUUAAAGAACGGUUUGAAAACAAGCAACUUCUAAUAAAUUUUCACAUCAAAUCGUUAUUUAACCUACCGGCAUUACAACAAGAGUCACACACUGGACUUAGGCAACUUUUAAACGGGUUACAAAAACAUUUAAAUGCUUUGGAAGUUUUGGAACGUCCCACCAAACACUGGGAUGAUAUUUUAAUAUACUUAUUGACCAGCAAAUUCGAUAACGCUACCAGACGCUCUUGGGAGAACAAAAUUAAUGCUAGCGAAAUUCGCACACUCUCUCAGUUGACUGACUUCCUAAAAGAUAAAUGUCGAAUGCUACAAACGUUGGAAACCGAAACCAAACAGCCAAGUAAUAAAUCUAAUAGUAACUUUAAACAAAGGGAAAAAACAAGGACCUUUCUUACUAAUACAACAAAACAAUGCGUUUUUUGUAACAAUGACCAUAACAUUUAUCAUUGUGAAUCAUUUCUAAACUUAACACCUUCUGAACGUUUAAAUAAAGCUAAAGGUUUACGAUUGUGCAUUAAUUGUUUAAACAACAAUCAUUCGACAAAACAAUGUCGCUCUUCCGGUUGCAAGAAAUGUGGUAAAGUCCACAACACUCUGUUGCAUUUUCCAAAGCAGCCAGUUCAACAAACUUCUGUAGAUGCUGACAUUCCUAUUGAGAUUCCACAGGCCAACGAGACUUCUUCUAACUAUUCUUCUUUAACAUGUCAUUCACCUGCCAAAUCACAAAUUUUACUCUCUACUGCCAUGGUUAAAGUAGCUGAUAAAAAUGGCAAUCUACACGAUUGUAGAGUUUUACUUGACAGCGCUAGCCAAUCUAACUUUAUUAGUCAACGUUUACAUCACAUUUUACAAUUACCUAAGACAAAGACUAACACUUCUAUAUUUGGCAAAUAUGGUCAAGAAAAUAGAGAACCAGUGACUAAAAUGAUACGAAGAGAUAGACAGUGA